GGGGCCACCAUUUUCAGCAAAUUGGACGUACGAUGGGGAUACAACAAUAUACGAAUCAAAAAAGGCGACGAGUGGAAAGCCGCUUUCAUCACUCCGCUGGGCUCUUAUGAACCCACAGUGAUGUUCUUCGGCCUCACCAACUCACCAGCCACCUUCCAGGCCAUGAUGAACAUGAUUUUCAGAGAACUCAUCACAGCCCGGUGA